AUGAAGUUCCUGUUCAUCGUUACCACCUCAACAGCGACCAUCUUUUCGUUGGCCUCCAUCGGCGCCCUGGGUCAAACCACCAACUUUUGCGAUCCUGCACUGUGCCCUUCGGGUGGACCACAUAUCGCUUGCAAUGGGCUGAGCGGACCGAGUGCUUCCUGCGGUGCAGGAUCCUUCGAGGUCACCAUGGACAGCACAAAGCAAGCGCUUAUUACGAAUCAGCACAACCAUCUGCGCAGCCGGGUUGCUCUUGGUAACCAAAACUACGUGACGAACGCCUUCUAUCCACCAGCUGCCCGGAUGGCUACUUUGGAGUGGGACAACGAGCUGGCACAUAUUGCUGCCACCAAUGCGAGACGUUGCGUAUUCGCACAUGACAGAUGCCGGAACACCGCUACCAUGAGAGCCGUUGGACAGAACAUCGCCAUAAAAAUGUUCUACGGACAGGACAUUUCGGAUGAAGUUCUUAUUCAAGGGUUCAUCGAUUCUUGGUUUUCUGAGUAUGCAGAUUCCAACCCAUCCCACAUUGCCAGCUACCCAGCUAACCAUCAGGGGCCGGCAAUUGGACACUUUACUCAAAUCGUUUCGGAUCGCUCCAGCCGGAUUGGCUGUGCGAUGGUGAGCUACAUUCAAGCGCCAUGGAUCAAUAAAUUGUUUGUGUGCAAUUACGGUCUGACGAAUAUCAUCAGCCAACCAGUCUACGUAGCAGGACCAACGGGGUCCCAAUGCCAAACCGGGACCAGUGUACAUUUCUCCGGUUUGUGUAGCACAUCGGAGGUCGUGAGCAAUAAUCCAUAACCACACAAUGCAAUGUAUCAAAGUUGCAAAUAUUUAUAAUAAAAGAGA